CACAUAAGCAAACAUCGCUUAAAACAUUUACAAAUUUUCAACAGUAAAAACAGGAAAAUGUGCGAACAGUACUGUGACAAGUUUGAGACCUUCAAUCCGGAGGUUGAGUUUGCCAAGUUUCAAAAACGCAAGCCUGUCGUAAGGACUGCCCAACUCUAUGAGAAUUUGCACAAGCGGGAGGAUAUCAAGUGUCCCUACAGCUUCAAAGGUUAUGGCGUGGAGACGGAUUCCAAUACAAUGUACCGCACUUGCAACUCCGAAUAUGGUUACUAUGCACCCAAUGCCUAUACCAUACCCAAGCGUUUCUAUCCAUUGCCCCAGAGUUUCUCCAAUGAAGUCGUGCGUUUCGGCAUGUAUCGCAAUUUCUCCCUGAACACACAUAUGGAUCGUACCUUCUAUUAGGACAGCAAAUCUCAAUAGCCUCAUAUUGUUUUAAGGUUUAUACACAAUUUUACGAUUUCUUAUGAAAUUUGAAAUUUUAUUCUGGUCACCAAGUAACUGUAUCAUUUAUUCGAAACCCUUGCCUUAAUAAGCAACCUUGAGCAAAUCUAUCAAUAACAAAUUUAAAACUGUAAAACGGCAUAAAAAUAAAAAAAAACAUUUCGAAAAGC